AUACAAUUAUGAGCACCAUGUCAAAAGUAGAUAAAUAAAUAGACUUAGAAAAACGAACCAAUUUAAAAGAUAUAAAUUGUAUUUCUUCAUUCUUAAUUUGUAGUUGAUAGCCUUCGAAACAAUAAGUGUUUAAAUUAAUCACAAAUCAAAGUAGGAAAUUUCAACUAAAAAAAUUCUAAUUCAACAAUCAAUAAUAUUGGUGAUAGCUUAUAGAGAUAAUUUAAAGCUCAAAAUGAAUUAUUAAAUUCAAAUAAAUUAUUAAAAGGAACAAAAUUAUCAAUAUAGGAAUAAAGCAAAAAUAUAAAUAUAAUAGGUUCUCCCUCAAAUAUAAUCAACGAUAGAAGAAACAAAAGUUCAAAAUUAAUAUAAAACUAAAUUCAGAAUUAACACUUAAGUUAAGAAAAGUUAGGAAUAAAUAAUUAAUAUUCUAGAAAUGAUCUCGACCCUUAAAACUCCUAAAGUCUUUAAAGUAAAAAAAUUAGGAUAUUUUUUAGUAUAUCAAUUGCAUUUUUCAAAUUCAAUCAAAUAGACAGAUAACAAAACCAAAUAAGAAUAAUUGAAUCCAAAAAAAAGUAUUAUUUCAUAAGAUAACAAACAAACCUCUAAAAAUAGUCUUUAAUAAAUUUCUGGAAAGCAAAUCUUACAAAAUAAAUUAUAAGCAAACAAUGACUAAACUAAUUAAAAACAAUGUCAAAGCAUGUAUAAUUAAACAUCAAAUAAUUAAAAGGGUAACUUUUAUAUUUUUAAUAUUUUUAGAAAGCAUUAUUAAAGGAUCUGUAUCAAUGAUUUAGAACUAAUAAUAAAUAAUAGCUAUAUCAGAGAGUCCAUAAAAAAUAAAAUUAAAUCUAUAAGCUACAUAAUUUUCUUAGACUUCAAGCUAAAUUCUAUUAACCGAAGCAGCAACAAAAUUAUUCAAUUGCUUAUAUUGUUAUAAUUAAGUAGAAUCUGAUUCGAUUUAAUUGAGUUGUUUACACAAUUACCAUGUUUAAUGUUUGGAGGAACAUAUUUCAGUUUAAAUAAAUUAAGGUAAAGCUUUAAUUCAUUGUUAAUGUAAUAUAAAAAUUCCUUAAAAAUUUGUUCUUCUACAUUUUUCAAAAAACUCUUAAAUUAAAGAGUUGUUUCUGAAAAAUUAAUUAUAAUUUUUAAUUAAAUCCUUCAUAUAGAAAAACUAGGACAAAAAAAUUAACUAUGAUUCAAAUCCAUAAAUUGAAUUUAAAAAUAAAUGA